CCAAACUCAUCGAUGCCUCGUCAAUGCGCUGAGCAGCGAUCAUCACGACGAGAACGACGACGCCGCCACAGCGACAAUCCACGAGGCUAAGGUCGAGAUCAAGGUCGAGCAAGGAUGAGUGCACAGGCUGAGUCACGGCAGCAGAGCCGGAUGCUCUUUGUCAAGAAUCUCAACUACACCGUGUCUGGCUCGGACCUGUAUGAGCUGUUUGGGCGAUACGGGGCCAUUCGUCAGAUCAGGCUGGGCGAUGGGCCCAAGACAAAGGGGACGGCAUUUGUCGUGUAUGAAGAGAUCUCGGACGCGAAGAGCGCACUGGAGCAUCUGAACGGCUUCCACUUGCAGGAGCGUUACAUCGUCGUGCUGUACCACAUGCCGUCGAGGAUGGCCGCCAAGGCCGAUCUAGCAAGACGAGAGGCUGAGCUGCAGGCGCUCAAGGCACAGCAUGAUAUCAAGGACGAAUGAAAGUAGACAUAACAUGUAUCUUUAGGCGACCUGCCUACCCUUGUCGGGCAAGGAUAGCGAGCAGCACUGUACAGUAUACCAAUGUAAUCUG